AUGAGCGUUCAUUUCCUCUUCCCCAAGCCAUCCUCUGCUGAGGAUAAGAAGGAUGCCGAUGGUGAUAUUGAUAUGCUUAUAAAAUCUCAAAGGGAAAGCUUUGAGAAAAAGGUGGUUACGCCUGGGGAAGCGAUUACUUCGGACACAAAAUACAUGGGAGGACACGGAACCUACCUUAAAGAUGAAAUUCAUUUCUCCUCAGUGGCCGGUGUUGUGGAAAGGGUUAACAAGUUGAUUUCCGUGCGGUCCUUACACGCGAGGUAUAAGUUAAAACGACAGGAAAACUUUAUCAAAGGCAAGCUGACAAAGCUAAGGAACGAGGAGUUCAGGUGGGUGGGAUUUCUACCGCACCUGUGCAAAGAUAUGGGUCACAUAGAUCAUUGGUUUGACCACCUUCAACGGAAUGCAGAGGCGUAA